GUCUAUAGCUUACAGUCGAACAAAUCGGUUACGGUAUGUUAGCUUAUCAGCUAUGUAUAAUCGUUAUCUGGAUUAUUGAGAAACGUUCUUGGUGAUAAAUAGCGGGAAAAAUUCGAUAUUGUCUAAUUAUCUUAAAUAAAUAAAAUGACAUCGUUAUCACAACCUUGUUAAAAAUUAAAGCAGUUUUUAGCAGUUAAAUGCAGUUUUUUGAUUGAUUAUUGACCAGUACCGAUUCUUUUCUAGUAGUUUAACAGUAAACUGCUUGGCAUGCUAAUCAAGAUGCAACGCUUUUCGCACAGUUACUUCACUUCAUAGAAAAAGUGUUUCACAUUAAAUACGGAAUUUUAAUGUUUAUCGUAUAUUUCGAAGGUAUUUUCUGAUAAAUACCAUUUUUAAUCACUGAUAACUUGUUAAACAUAUUAAAUAAAUCACAUUGAAAGGAAAUUCAGUGUAUCACAAUGUUGUUUACUUACGUGGCGUUCUUACUUCUAUUUUUUGAGCCUUAUGUUCAUGGUCUUAUAAAGUCAAAUCAACAUGAUAAAGUCGUUGUUUGUUACGUCGCAUCUUGGGCAGUCGAUAGACCUGCAAAUGGUGCAUUUUCCUUUGAAAAUUAUCAUCCACAAUACUGCACUCACUUGAUUUAUGCAUACGCUGGUUUAAAUGCCUCAGAUUGGACAAUAAGAAGUAGAAAUCCUUGGGAAGAUAUAGAGAAAGAUGGAAUUGGUAACUAUAGAAAGAUGACAAUGUUUCGUCAGAAAGGUUUGAAAGUAUUACUCAGUAUCGGCGGAUGGGCUGAAGGCAGCGUGAAUUUUUCGAUGAUGGCUUCAUCAGCGGAUAGUAGACAAACUUUUAUCGCCAGCACUGUGAAGUUUCUCAAAACAUACGACUUCGACGGGCUGGACCUUGCUUGGGAAUUUCCUGGACACCUUUUCGGUGGUGCUGAGUAUGAUAAGCAAAAUUUUGUCAGCCUCGUACAGGAAUUGCGACAUGCUUUUAACCAGUACCACUUUUUGUUAACGGCACCUAUAAGCGGAGUCAAAGAAGUUAUUAUGUCGGGGUACGAUAUUCCUAAAAUUUCCAAAUAUCUCGAUUACAUUUAUGUCAUGACAUAUAAUUAUCAUGUAGCAUGGAAUAAAGUGGUUUUUCCACAUACACCAUUGAAAAGCAAAGAUCAUUUAAAUGUGGAAGAUACUAUUACAUAUUUAUUGAAAGAAGGCGCACCAGCUGAGAAAUUAGUCUUAGGACUGGCAUUGUUCGGAAGAACUUUUGUUCUUACAACUGUACCAUCAACACCAAAAAUAAAUCCGUUUGGUUUGCCCAGUCUACGUAUUGGAUUCAGAGGACCUUAUACAUUCGACGAUGGUUUCAUGGGAUUCAAUGAGAUUUGUGAGGAGUUGAUGUUACAUCCUCAAGAAUGGACAGUUGGAUGGGAUAAUUAUAGCAGCACAGCUUACGCGAUUAGAAGAGAUCGCGUUGUGGUUUACGAUAAUAGCAAAGCAAUUAUGAUAAAGGUAGAAUACGCAAAAAGACAGAGACUGGCGGGUGUGAUGGUAUUUAGCAUCGAUACGGACGAUUUUCGAGGACAAUGUUCGCAAUCGUUGCAAAGGUAUCCUCUAAUGAAAACUAUUAAUGAAGUUUUGACAAAUAACACGCAAUCGUUGCAAAGGUAUCCUCUAAUGAAGACUAUUAAUGAAGUUUUGACAAGUAGCACGGUACCACGCGAAGAGAAGAAAGAGCCAAACUUAUCGUCUGUGCAAUUACCCUCAAACAUUGUAUUUGCACUAUUAAUCACAAUGAUUUCUUUUUCUCUUUAAACAAAUAUCCAUUUUAAUCGUAAAAAAUUGUUAA